UUAGCUAGACAACAGAAAUAUCAGUCGACAUUGAACGGUAUCUUAAAUCCAUUGUUUUAUUGAUCAAUAUUUUCAAUGUUUACUGUUAUGUUCGUUAUAAUGUAUUAUAUCUGACUGUAAAGACACGAAGUAUUUAUUUUCUCGAUUGUCCUUCACGAAGUACCUGCGUACAGAUGACGUUCGUCCUGAAGAGGAACUCUCUAGCUUUUGUCUCGAUAACAGCUCUGCUUCACCAUCGAAAUGUUUACAGUUAGGACGGACAGCACUCCCGCGGAGUUGCGUGGGCUGCAUCAGUGAAACAGACUAUAAUUUAUCAAUUUAUCGGCCCACACAUCUUCAAGUGGCGAAGCCGCUGCCUAGGAAAUGGGCCGCCAUUUUGACGCUACUGCACGCGCGUUGCUGGCGUAGAGUGCGUUCAGCUGUGAGUGCGCCCUUGUGCAGGAUAGCCGUUCGCGCUGAAUAUAGAGUGUGGAGAUCUUCAUCGUGCGUACUUGGUACUGAACGUGUCUAAGACAUGCUAAGCAGGAGUGUGCUGCGGCAGCAAGUCGAAGAUGGAAGGCCAUGGACAACAAAGUAGCCCAGUGAAUAUUGUUACUCGGACAGAACAUGCUUGCUCAUGAUAGGUGACUGAUGAGCAGAUAUUUUCUCCAGAGAGUUGAAAAAUGGGCAACACUUCGUCGUCUGUGGUGGCCUCCACUGUGAAAAAUCAAGGUGAUGUCGGGGCCAGAGAGCUGUACCGCUUGGUGGGUCUUGGCGACAAUGGAGAGCUGGUCAGACUGACCAAGCUGGCCCGCUGGACCAAAAACUACAGCCAGCUUGACCAGGCCAUACAGAAGGAAGUUCCACAGUUUCUGUACAAUGAUGGUGAAGGCAGGAAGGUGCCAAUCGCGGAACUGGUCAAGAUACGCAACAAGGAUCGAGAAACCAGCAUGAAAAUCAGCAAAGAUCGACAGAAGAAAGCGAAUGAACUGGCACUGAUCGAUAUGCUAACACAGCAGGAUGCAGAGGCAGGAGGGUAUCAGCACAGCAAACCAGCUGAAAGAAUGUACAGAGAAGUUUGCUGGGACCUCGACAAGCGAGGAACUGUAGGGGAGACAAUUCUUCAUCUUUGUCUGCUAAAUGCCACUCAGAUUCAUGCUGAUUUAGCCAAGCGUUUACUUCAGUUUUACCCAAAACUCAUCAAUGAUAUUUAUGUUGGUGAAGAAUACUAUGGGGAAACGAUACUUCACAUUGCCAUUGUUAAUGAGGACCCAGCCAUGGUAAAGUUUCUCCUCGACAAUGGAGCUGACGUUCAUGCCAGAGCUUGCGGAAACUUUUUUUGCCCUGAUGACCAGAAAGAUUCCCGAACAGACAGCUUGGAUCACGAGUGGGUGUCCGUAUGUGAAAAUACCAAUUAUGAAGGUUUUGUCUACUGGGGAGAGUAUCCUCUAAGCUUUGCUGCAUGUCUUGGGCAAGAGGAAUGUGUACGCCUUAUGCUUGCUAAAGGAGCUGAUCCAAGUCUACAAGACACAAAUGGAAACACUGUAUUGCAUUUGCUUGUCAUCCAUGAUAAGAAAAAAGAUGGACCAUCAGAAGAGCAGCACAUGUUUGAUCUGAUUCUUAGUCAUGGCGGAAGACUUGACAUCAAGAAUCGACAAGGGCUAACGCCUUUAACUUUGGCUGCAAAACUAGCUCGCAAAGAAAUGUAUGAGCACAUCCUGGAAAAAGAGAGGCAGGUUUACUGGAUUUAUGGAAAUGUGACCUGCGCAGGUUAUCCCCUCACCCACAUUGAUACCAUCUCGCCUACAGGGGAGAUCAACACAGACUCAGCGUUGAAUAUUAUUGUUUAUGGAGGAGACGAAAGUCAUCUGGACAUGAUGGAUGGAUUGAUAGUUAAUUUGCUGAUGGACAAGUGGAAAACAUUUGCUCGUUUCAGAUUCUACAGACGCUUUGUGGCAUUUGUCGUGUACUUUGUCAUGUUUGUGAUUGCCUUUGCUUUGCGGCCUGCUCAUGAUCCCUGUGAAAGCAAAAAUGAAACAGAAAGCAUGAGUACCUGUUCCCAAGAAGACAGUGAGAACAGCACAUUGAAUCCAUGCUACUUGCUUCAGCCUUACAGAGAUGAAGACAUUGCACGACUAGUGUUGGAGGCAUGUGUUCUGCUGGGUGCAGUUGUGUAUCUGUUCCUUGCCAUGAAGGAGAUCCAUCACCAAGGCUUCCACAUCUUUUUUUGCACCUUGAGUGGAGCCCCUGGAAAAGCACUUCUGUUGUUGUCCUGUGUGUUUGUGGUGAUGAUGUUGCCAGGACGAGCAUUCUGUGCUCAUGUUUAUGAAGAUGUGAUGGGUGUUUUGGCCAUUUUGACAACAGCACCCUACUUUCUUUUCUUCUGCAGAGGCUUCCGCAUGGUAGGUCCAUCUGUGUACAUGAUCUACAAGAUGGUGAAAGGUGACUUGCUGAGGUUCUUCAUCAUCUAUGUUGUAAUUGUGAUUGGAUUUUCUCAAGCCCUGUUCAUUCCGUUCCGUGACAGCAAUACAACCUUUUCCAGCUGGUGGGAAACACCCAUGGGAUUGUUUACAAUGUCAGUGGGGCAGUUUGAGGACAUGUAUGGAUGCUUUGAGGAACUGUCCAGUCCAUUUUCUGAGAUGACGAAAAUUAUGUUUGUGGUAUACAUGAUAAUGGCUACCCUUUUACUGAUCAACAUGUUAAUUGCUAUGAUGGGCAACACCUACGAGCUUGUCACAAACACACAGAAAGAAUGGUUCCGACAGUGGGCAAGAAUCGUGCUGAUGAUGGAACUGAGUGUAACACCCUCUCAUCGACUACAGCAGCAAAUGAAGUAUUCACAACCCAUGGAUGGUAACAAGCGAGCUUUUGUUGUCCGUUGGCACCAGACGGAUGCAGAGAAAGAAGAACUUGUGAAAGUCCGUCUACAGAACAAGAUUCAACAGCGUUUCAUGGCACAGAAGAAAAAUACCUUGCGUAUAUUGAACAAGACCCAGCGUAAAAUCAAGGCAGCAACCAUGAUGCUCAAGCCAUCUUCUUGAGCACAAUAUUUGUUCAUACAUCAUUGGUGUGAGUUUUGGUGGACAGAGGUUUUUCUCCUACCAAGCCCCAUCAACUUGGAACAGAUUACCCAUCAGCUUUUGUCACUUUGAUUUUUCUUGGCUCCUUUAAGUCACAUCUUUUCCAAACUAUUACAGUGUUGUAGUGUUAUUGUUUAAAAAAAAUUAUAUUCACUAAAAAAAAUUAUAUUCCGGAACUGAUGACCAGUUACAUGCUUUGUUAGAUGCCUUAUAAAAUCAGUUUUGUACUUCUGUAUACUUGCAUCAAAUAAACCGUCCGAAUUGUUUAUACUAUGGGUAGGCUGCUGACCUCUUUCUCUAUAUAUAUAUAUUUAUAUGAAGUUAAUUAUGUGAUGUUAUUGUCACAUGCAUGUGUAUACAUAUAUAUACAUGAAAAAGCUGCUGCAAUCCUGCUGAUUAGCAUGCAUAUAUAUAACUGCUGAAGUACAUUUUAAACUUCUUUGUUGUUAUGGUUGUAUUAACAUUUGAGUUCAGCAAGACUAAAAGUUUAUUGUUGCUGAACUGUGAUCAAACCUGCUGACUGUUCUACUUAAGCUUCAUGUUUAAACAAAAGUUCUUUUGUAUUUUAGAGGUAAUGUAUUUCAUAAUUAUCAAGAGCCAUUUAGGUUAUUGCAUCUUUAUUCUAGUCUAUGCAAAGUUACUUUCCAUUAACUUUAUGUCAGAAUAGUAAAAAUCUUUUUUUGAUAACUGUAUAGAUAUGAUUAACCACUGAACUUAAACAACCAGAAAUGGUUUUAUGAAUGGUAUAGUGUGGUGAAUAGAUACUGUGUGGACCUAAUUUUUACCCAGUCUAUGGUAAUAAAGAAAUGUCAAAUUUUA